AUGGACGACUUUGCACCACUAUCUGAAGGUCAUGAGAACUCGGGGGAUCCCUCCAGGCCCAAUGCCUUGGCCCGUCUUCAUCUUCUGGUGCAACGCGCCCUCGUCUACCACGCGCUCGGAAGAAUGGCCAAGCGGUACGGAAGCGUUUUCAGCUUCUGGUUAGGGCCGCAACUGGCGGUCUACGUCAGCUCGUAUGAGGCCAUAAAAGAAGUUCUGGUAACCAAGCACAAGGAAUUUGCGUCGCGACCGCCUUUGCCCGAGCGCAUCUCGCUCACGCUCCAUCCGAAGAGCAUCUUCGCGACCCGAAGACUGGCAAUCCUCCACCUCCUUUCCACAAAGGCAGUGAAGGCCAGCGUUUCGAUCCGGUUCGAAGAAACUGAGCUGCUCAUCGAGCAUCUCAAGCGGGAGAGCGAGAAGAACGGGGGCAUCAUCGAGCCGAGAGAUCGUAUUUUCCGGGCCAACCUGAACACCAUGAUGCGUCCGCUGUUCGGCGUCCGCUUUCCCGCGCGCGACGAGCCGGGCUUCACCGACGCGCGCGAGGCGCUGUACCAGAGCCUGCAGCGGAGCUUUCGUCAGAUGGGAGAUUUCGACUGGGGCACCAUUCUACCGGUCCUGAGCGUUUUCGCGAACCGGGAUGUGAGAAAGACAACUUCUUUCAGGGACGGGGAACUCUUGGCGCUCAUCGAGGAGCACCGGAGCGCGCGCGCAAAGGCGGGGACGGAUUUCGUCGCGCGCGACCUGGUGGACACUUUGCUCGAGAUCCAGGAGAAGGAAGAACUCGAGAACAAUGACAUCAUCGCAAUCUUGGUGGACUUUCUCAACGCAUGUGAGCUCGCGCAAAGCCUCUCCGCUCUCUCACGCGACUGCGUGCUGUGGCAAAGCGCCCGUCUUACAUUGUAUGCGGCGGUGGACACGAGCGGCGUCUCCAUCGAAUGGACGCUCGCGGAGCUCACGCGGCGCCCCGCGAUGCGGCGGCGAGUGCAAGAAGAAAUUGACGCGGUAGUAGGGCGCGGCCGGCCGGUGGGCGAAGACGACCUGCAGAAUCUGCCGUACUUCUUGGCAGAAUAUUCUUUGGUGUCUGUUUUUUUCAAGGGCGGAUUGGAUUUGAAGAGAGGCACGGCGCUUGGCCGCGGCUGGCCGGUGGGGGAAGAAGACCUGCAGGACCUGCCGUACUUGCUGGCAAGUAUGAAUCUGACGCAAUGUUCUAGGAUGGCUCUGGAUGGUCCUUGGUGUCAAUCGAGAAGGGCGGUUUCAGGGGGCGCGGACGUUCACCGCGGCCGCCCGGUGCGCGUAAACGAGCUGGAGGAUCUGCCGCACUUUGCGGCAGUGAUCAAGGAGCACUUCCGCUACCGGAGCAUCGGCCCAUUUUUGGGGCCCCACAUGAACGACCGCGAGACGACCAUAUCGGGUUACAGGAUCCCGGCGCAGACUCUGAUUGUGGCGCAUACCCGGGGCCUGUCUCGAGACUCGACCGUCUUCGAACGGGCGGAAGAGUUUCUGCCGGAGCGCUUCCUAACCGAGGACAUCGACAUAACCGGGAAGGACAUCCGGGUGGCGCCCUUUGGCGCGGGUCGACGAGGCUGCCCCGGCAUCCUUCAAGGCUUGACGGUGGUGCAACUAGCGGUGGCUCGGAUCGCCCAGACGUUUGACUUCGAGCUGAUCGACGGCGAAGACAUCGACAUGACGGAGCGGGACUGGGGGCUGCAAGUGUCGCUUCGCACGCCGCUCAAGGCGCGCUUCACGGUCCGGCGGCAAGAGCACGAAAAUACCGAUCCGGCAAGGCAACACAUGGAGUAG